AUGAAUAACACGUGUCUUGCCGCAGUGGCUGCAACUCUUUGUCUUGACCUCAAGGGCACAACGGAAGAUCGGUGGGUCAAUCCGCGGCCGGGUACUGUUCUCAAGGACUUGAACUUCGCGGACAAAACCAUUGGAAUUCCUGACCUGAAACACAAAGCUGCACUUCUGCACAUCCUGAAAAGAGACACGCAGUUUCUGCGGAGCCAGCACGUGAUGGACUACUCUGUUUGCCUUGGAGUGCACUACUGCGAGGAGAACAGCUAUCCCAACUCAGAGCUCAUGACACCCGAGCCGGGCAUCUCCUCUUCACUGGCCGUCCUGCGCGGCUACGAGCCCAAGUAUCAAUGCACGCUGGUUCGGAAUCAGCCUUCGCAGAAGGUGGUUUUCUUCAUAGGCAUCAUCGACAUCCUCCAGCAGUUCACUUGGACGAAGGCACUUGCACACACCGUGAAGUCCCUCAGCCUUGGUUGGGUGCACGAGAUCGACACGGCCCCGCCAGCUUAUUACGCGCGGCGCUUCAAAACGUCUUUCUGUGCGAAGGUGCAGACGUUCCGUGAGCCGGAGGAUCGCGUCACCCGCUUCGUCCGACGCCUGCGCCUGGGCAUCGAGAACGGCACCGUGCCCUGCCCUACCUUUGUCAGCCUUGAGCGGCCGCGGACAGAAACAAAUCCCGAGUUUAGUGCCGACCCCACAGCUGAUGUGACACUGGACGAGGCUGUGGACUUCGCCGUGAGACGCGGUGGGCAACUGCUGGUGGCCCGGCGUGGUCUGCUCCGCAGUCGGGCAGAGGAGGUGGAAGCUUUCCUGGACAUGGAUCGCCAUGCGCUGAUCUUUCAGGAGAUGGCGCGGCGCCCUUACGCACGCGGCCGCCGCCCCACGUCGCUCGUAGCCUGCUACAAGAUCCGGCGCGUGUACUUGACCAUUGUCUGCUACAGGCCGCGAGACUUGUACUGCAUGGCAUGUCGCUCCCACAUGAAGAUUGAGGCUGAACCCCCGGAGUCGCGACGCUUUACAGUGGAGGCGGAUGACGAGGAGCCGCUUCGCUUCACUGCGCCCAGCCGGCGUCAGGCGAAGCUGUGGGUUACGGCCCUGGAGGUGGCGGCCGGCUACGUCGAAGCAAACGUCGAGGACGUCCGCGAGGCACAGGCUGCCGCGCUGGUUAGCUCUGCCAGUGGCAGCCCAGAUGCAGCCUUCCUCUCCAAGCCGGCCUCGGCAGUCCGUGCGGCGCUGCUCGGUUCCUUGGAUUUUCUCUUGGAGGAGAAGGAGCUUGCAGUGGUGCUCGGUACAGCGCGGCAGGCGAGACAUGGGCUGCUGGAGCCAUACCUUCUCGGGCCAGAGGCAGAACGUCGGUGGCAAAAGAGGCGGCUGAAGUGGAUUUUCGGCUUCGUUGAUGCAGAUGGAACAGGCGCACUGUCCAUUGAGAAGAUCAACCUGUUGUGGCAUGAGAUGAACAUCAAUGAAAAGGAGGGCCAGCAGGUCCUCACAGCAUUCCUGCGAGAGGAGCGGCAGGGCCGUCGUUCCGGCGGUGGUCGCCAGAUCGGUGGUGGUCAAGUACUACGACUCCAGGAUUGGACCAAAAUGCUGUCUCUGGUGGACAGUGCCUAUGUGAAAGCAGUCCACCGGUGCGUGAGGGACCACCUUCACCUUGGCUGCCCUGCUUCGUGCAGCGCUGGAACGAUGUCUGAGCUCAUGGUGCACGGAGUCAACUCGGAUCCGGCAAUGGUGCAGGUGACUGCGGAUGACUUGGCAGGCUUCUUCGUGGGCAUCCAGGGAGUCUGGCCGCCUCCAUCGAAGCAACAGGUCGAAAGGCUGGUUGCACGCCUCCCAGCACCGCUCAGUUCCAAGCAGCACAGCCUUUCAGCAGAAGCGUUGGUGCAGCUGCUUUGCUCGCCAGGCAAUGCGCUGGUGGACCCAGCAAAGCGGUCUUUGUUCCAGGACAUGACGCAGCCGCUGUCUGCCUACUUCGUAGACACCUCGCACAACACCUACUUGGAGGGCAACCAGCUGAGCAGUCGAUCGUCCGUGCUCCGCUACGUGGAGGUUCUCCGCACCGGUUGCCGAUCCGUGGAGGUGGACGUUUGGGAUGGCAGCAAUGGAGAGCCGGUGGUGAAGCACGGGUACACUGUGACCACGGAAGUACUUUUCCAGGAUGUCAUACAGGCUAUCGCCGAUCAUGCGUUCGUGGCAUCAGAGUUCCCCGUCAUCAUCUCCAUCGAGCAGCAUUGCUGCGCGGCGCAGCGUGUCCGACAGGGGCAGAUCAUGUCGGAGGUGCUGGGAGAUCAUCUCUUGAGGCCACCCUGGGACGAGCAGCACCAGUGCAUAGACAGUGCUGAGGCCGAGUCCAUCUCGCCAUGGUCGGCACGAAAACGUGUGCUCGUUAAGUCCUCGAUCGGCUGCUGUGAGCGAUGCCAGCGGCCGCUUCCGGUCUACGAUCGCUGCGUGGCCCUGCCGACGCGGAAAUUGCUCCACAAGCUGGUGGAGAGGGAGUUGAGUGAUGGAAGUGCUUCCCCCAGCAACUUCUCCGUGGAGCAGGACUCGAGCUACCCUUUCGAGGUGGCUUCUGGGACUGUGGCGAAGGUGCACAAGCUAGAGAAGACCCUGGGACGUGAUGCCAUGCGGCGCUGGAACUCUGCUCAUCUCUCUCGCGUCUACCCCGAGGGCACGCGCAUCGGCUCAGGCAACGUGGAUCCGGUGCCAAUGUGGCUCUGCGGUGUGCAGAUGGUGGCCAUGAACUACCAGACCUCGGACACCGGCCUCCUGCUCAACGAAGGCCUCUUUCGAAACUACAACGGUGGAUGUGGCUACGUGCUGAAGCCGCCUCUGCCCUCAGACAUCGUCAAGCCAACAUCACGGAGGCUUCGUCUUUGCAUCUGCUGCGGGCACCGUCUGCCAAGGCCAGACCUGUCGCUGGGUGAGACCCGCGGUGUGAGCUCGCCGAUGGUCACAGUGUCUCUGGAGCCUGGCCAGCAGGUGUCGCACACCCGUGCUGUGAAGCAAGACGGUUACCACCCCGUCUUCGAUCACGAGGCAGAAUUGCAGGUGUCGGAUAGCCCGCUGCACAUCCUCACUUUCGAAGUCUUCGACACUCCCACCGGCAGAACUAUGGCCAGGAGUGCUGUGACGCUCGAUGCUGUUCGUCCAGGCUUCCGCUGGCUGGCCCUUCAUAGCCCGCAGGGCCACAGCAUACCCCGAUGUGGUCUGCUGCUGCAAGUGCAAUCGGCUGCGUCAUUGGACUUGAUGUCUUCUUCUGUGGCAUCCGCCCAGCUCGAUAGGCCCGGAAGCUCCAUCACUUCCGUUGCCUUCGUGCGGACCGGGACCCUGCAGGCUUGGAACCAGAUGCUCAAGGUGGCGCCGAGGUCCGUCCUGAGCGGCCUCUGGCGGGAGGUGCUGCGGCUAGUCCUUCAGGGGCCAUGCGGCAAUGGUGAUGCGGACUUUGGCUCGCUCUCCAACUUGCGGAAGCUUCGCGUGGCGGUCGCCUGCCGGGCAGGACUGGUGGCUCUGCCGCCGCGGUUGGCGCCUUGGCGAUACGAACGGGGCGCGCGCUCCCUGCUAGUCAACUUUGCAGAGGCUACUGGCAGCAGCGCACCGAUUGCCUCUGCAGGCCUCAAUGUUGGCUCCGUGAGCCAAGAGGAGGAUGCGGAAGAGGACGCCCCGGAGGAGGUCGAGGAGGUGGUCGAGCUUCUGCUCUCGGCCCUGCGCGAUGCCGAGACGGUCGUGCGCUGGGCCGCGGCCAAAGGUGUCGGUCGGAUCACGAAUCGCCUGUCGCGAGACUUCGGGGACCAGGUGCUGGAAUCGUUGUUGGACCGCUGCUUUUCUUUUCGCGAGACUGACAAGGCUUGGCAUGGUGGCUGCUUGGCGUUGGCCGAGCUGACGCGGCGAGGGCUGCUUUUGCCCGAGCGCCUGCCGACGGUGAUCCCUUUGAUUUGCCAGGCGCUCCACUUCGAGCAGGUGUCUGGCAACCAUGCGGUUGGUCAGCAUGUGCGGGAUGCUGCGUGUUAUGUGUGUUGGGCCUUCGCUCGCGCCUACGCGCCGGAUGUACUCCAACCAUACGUAGAAGACCUGGCGAAAGCUCUCAUCCAGGUAGCGGUUUACGACCGCGAAAUCAACUGCCGGCGCGCUGCAGCUGCUGCCGUGCAGGAAAAUGUCGGCCGACAGGGCACAUUUCCAGACGGCAUUGAAGUUGUCACCAUCGCCGACUACUGGACCUUGUCUGGCCGGCGGCACGCGUAUCUCGAGGUCGCGCCAAAGAUCGCCGGCCUCGGGAACGGCGGAUACAGGAAAGCCCUGAUCGAGCACCUGGUGAGCCGAAAGCUGGUACACCAGGACCUGCAGAUCCGGAUGCUGGGGGCCAAGGGCCUGGCGUGCUUGGCGUGCAGUGAGCCUGAAAUUGUGGGCUUCCUGAACACGGUGGUGAUCCCCAGCCUUGUGGAGCGCUCCACAUCCGAGCAGUCAAGCCCGAGACCCGGUGCAGACACCUGCAAGAUUACGCAGGCAGUGACCGACAGAAGGGGUUGUGAUUGGUGCAUGACGUGGCCGCCCAGUGAUGCGGAGCCACAGGAGCAAGAGGAGUCGACGGCAAUUCGGCGACAGAAUCUCCAUCACGGCUGCCCCUCACCAAAGCGGCCACGCACUGCCCCUCCAUCGAGGAGUCCGACACCCGAACGGCGACAGCAGGGCUACCGGGUCUCCGACGUGGUGGAGCUGCGGGAGACGACUUCCUGCUUGCAGAGCGACACCCUCGCCGACGCCUGUAAGAAGCUCUGCCAAUCCGGGCGCACGGCAGUGGUGGUGCUCACCAGCACGAGCGGUGAAGUCCAUGGAGUGCUUACAGAAAACGACAUCCUACAAGCGAUCGUCGAAGGUGUUGAGUGGGAACAACCUCUCGAAAGAUGGCUAAAAGACGGACCAGCCCGGCUUCCCGGGUUUUUGGUACCUCCCAUGACGCUGCAAGCCGGGACUCCUCUCGUGGAGGCCGCCAAGCUGAUGUCGGAGCAGUCCGGCAGCAAGUUCUCCUGCCACCAUUUGCUGGUCCAGGUCCCAGGUGGCCAGUUGGAUGCCUCUGGACGGCCUUUGAAAGCCCGGCUCCUUUCCGCCCUUGACAUUGCCAAUGGCAUGCUCGAGGCUUCGAAAUCAUCAGUGGCAGCAGAGAAAGCUUUGGCUCUUUCCGUCAAGCACGUCAUGAAGCCGCGGACAUCUGUACCUACAUGCACUUCCACGCAGAAUUUGUCGGAGGCGUUUCGCCUCCUGUCUGGAUCGCAGCAGAACUGCGUCCUGGUGAACGACGAGAAGAAUGAGGACGAUGAGGCUGGCCAGGAAGAGCAGCCAGACAAAGACUCCACGAAGGGUGUAGUUACACCUGUGGAUGCAUUGCUGGCUUUCUCGGAGAAGAUCUCUGGAGAGAGUCGGAUACUUCGAGACUGGGUUUGCGGGGUCAAUGGCAUGCCGGCAACGUCGGAGCGCUUUGUUGAAGAAUCCACGUCCUUGGCAUCUGCAGCCUCGACGAUGGCUUUCUCGGGACAGCACCACCUACUCGUGGUGGCUCGGCUAGGUGCAGCGGCUGCGCCUGGUGCGGGUCCAACCGCCGGCACCGUUCAGGCACGGCACGGUGCCGUUGAAGCCGUGGCUUCGCUGGUUGAGGUUCUGCAGGAUAAAGUCACAGCCGAGAACCAGACAGCCAUUCGAAAUUUAGUCCCCGCCCUGGAGAAGGCACGCGCCUACCGGGGUCGCGGAGGUGAGGUCGUCCGCCAGGCCGCUUGUCGAUUGCUGCAGAAGAUUGCGGCAACCCCUUGGCCUUUCAAAGAUGCCACGGCGGUACGAUAUCUUCAAACCGUCGACGAGUGCGCACGCCACACGACCGAGGCUAUCAGGGUUGUGGCCGCCGAAGCUUUGGGCGUCCUGGCAGCGAAGAGGUUCAAACCGGAACUGUGCACCAAAUGCGUUCCGGUCUCGGAACAGUGGCAUGCGCUCAAGAGAGAUCGGCAAUGUAGAAUCGAAUGCAGUCCACGUCUGCGACUCGUUCUUGCUAGUGGGGUAGUAGUAGUGGUGGUGGUAGCAGUAGCAGUAGCAGUAGCAGUAGCAGUAGCAGUAGCAGUAGCAGUAGCAGUAGCAGCAGCAGUCGCGGCAGCAGCAGCAGCAGCAGCAGCAGCAGCAGCUGCUGCAGCUGCAGCUGCAGCUGCAGCUGCAGCUGUAGGUGCAGCUGUAGGUGCAGCUGCAGCAGCUGCAGCAGCUGCAGCAGCCGCAGCAGCCGUAGCAGCCGCAGCAGCCGUAGCAGCCGUAGCAGUAGCAGUAGCAAUAGCAGUAGCAUUUGCAGUAGCAGCAGCAGUAACAGUAGCGGCAGGAAUGGCAGCAGCAGUAGCCGUAGCAGUAGCCGUAGCAGUAGCAGUUGCAGACGUCGCCGUCGUGGUUUCAAUAGCUGAAGGUUGA